AUGGGCCAUAAGCCCAGGCUCACAGACCUCCCCAUCACCUACUUGGCUCUAACACACAUCCUCAUGCUCCUCACCAUGGUCCUUUUGGUGUCUACAGACAUUUGGGAAACACAAGACAUUCCAGGUGACUUCAAAUGCAAAGUGCUUGUCUUUCUCAACAAGGUCAUGAGGAGGCUGUCAAUCUGUACCGCUUAUGUCCUGAGUGUGCUUCAGGCCAUCACCAUCAGCCCCAGUGGCUCCCAGAUCCUGCUCAUCUACACAGUGGCUACACCCAAUAAGAUCCAGCCUGGUCUUCUGUACAUCACUGAACACUGUUCCUUUUUGCCCAUGAGCUACUUCCACAGGCCAUUCUUUCUGACAUUUAUGGCAUGCAGAGAUGUCUUCUUUGUGGGCCUUAUGGUUCUUUUCAUUGAGUACAUGGUCAUUCUCAUUUACAGACAAACACAGUGGUCCCAGCAUCUUCACAAUUCCAGGUUCUCUCCAAAAUCCUCCCCAGAACAAAGGGCCACUCACACCAUUCUCUUGCUGAUCUGCUGCUUUGCCAUCCUGUACUGUGCAGACUCCAUCAUUUCAAUGGCCAUAGGCUUGACAUGUACCAGAGAUGCCAUCCUUGUAUGUUUCCAGAUGCUUGUAUCCAAUGGCUAUGGCACACUCAGUGCUGAUCAGGGCUGA